CAAGCCCCAUACAUAGGCUAUCACUCUUACACUGAGAGAAAGGCGACAUCUCGAACAACAUCAAAUAAAAUAUUUAAUUCCAGAAAUCAGAAUCAUAUCAGGAGUUUUUCUUGCAUAAAGACGUCUGGCUGAGGGGGUUAACUUCGCGCGCAUUAGUAAUGCAUGAGUAGUGGGAGGGGGCUGGCCGUGCGCGAUGCCCCCCAAUAGACUCUCGAGACAUUGUCAUGGAAAGAGACCACCGCCUCGCUAUUGUCUCGCGGACUGCCAAGUUUAUUAUAAACACUGCGCGAGCUGGCCGGUGCGCUGUCAUACGGAGCGCAAAGCGAGGUGGUCAGGCAGGGAUCGAGAGAGAAGCUGAUGUGGAUGGAAGAGGAAGCUACUGAUACUGAGAGAGAAAAGAAAGAAAGAUAUUUCAGGAAUAUUGCUGUCAAGGAAGAGAGAACCACAUGAAGAAAUAAAUAUAUAGUCAAAGAACACCCUGCUUUGACUGAAAACAAGAAAACCAAAUUGGAGAGAGGGGCUGCUAACUCGGGGAUCUUAACCUGGUCCUUGGAGAAAUUAGAAAAACUGUUACUCAUUCUGUGGUGUUUUUCCAGCUUCAACGUUUUAAUUCCUCUCGAAUCCUGAGAAGUACAUUUCAUCAAGCGCUCUCCCAGAGUUGUCGUUCUCGCGUCUCCAUGUAUAAAAUGGAUUACUCCUACCUGAACUCAUAUGACUCGUGCAUGGCGGCCAUGGAGGCAUCGGCCUACGCGGACUUCAGCUCCUGCAGCCAGGCCAGCUCGUUCCAGUACAACCCGAUCCGGACCGGGUUCGGUGCCAACCCGGGCUGCGCGCCCCUCAGCACCGCGAACUGCACACUGGGGUCCCUGCGCGAGCACCAGCCCACACCCUAUUCCACAGUUCCAUAUAAGUUCUUCUCGGACCCUUCUGGUUUGAACGAGAAGCGGAAACAGCGGCGCAUAAGGACCACCUUCACGAGCUCACAGCUGAAGGAGCUGGAGCGCGUGUUCGCAGAGACCCACUAUCCCGACAUCUACACGCGCGAGGAGCUUGCACUCAAGAUCGACCUUACUGAGGCGCGAGUACAGGUGUGGUUCCAGAACCGGAGGGCUAAGUUCCGUAAGGUGGAGCGUGCGGCCAACUCUAAAUCUGGUAACGGGACCGGGGGCCCAGGAGGGAACAAUGGCUGUACCGGGGGUAAAAAGGGCGAGCCCAGAUCUUCCUCGGAUGACGACGAAUCAAAAGAGUCCACCUGCAGUCCCACCCCUGACAGCACCGCCUCGCUGCCCGGCUCAGCCAAUGGGAACAUGGGUAGCCCCGCCAGCCUCAGCCCCAGCCCCGCCCCUGCUAACAGUGGCUACGCUAACACUUCCAGCUCCCCCGUUCUGCAGGGGCUCAAACCCCCUGUCUGGCCCAGCCUAGGCCCCGCCCACCCAGGAAUGGCCCAAACCGCAGCCCAGGCUCCAGAGCUGCUGAAGGCGUGGCAGCCGGCAGACAGUAUGACAGGGCCUUUCGCUGGCGUGCUCUCCUCCUUCCACCGGAAACCCAAUGCUCUCAAGACUAACCUGUACUAGAGACAAGGAGCAGAGAUCUCUAGUAUAAUUACUGUAUAUCUAUACAGACUAACCUGUACUAGAGACAAGGAGCAGAGAUCUCUAGUAUAAUUACUGUAUAUCUAUACAGACUAACCUGUACUAGAGACAAGGAGCAGAGAUCUCUAGUAUAAUUACUGUAUAUCUAUACAGACUAACCUGUACUAGAGACAAGGAGCAGAGAUCUCUAGUAUAAUUACUGUAUAUCUAUACAGACUAACCUGUACUAGAGACAAGGAGCAGAGAUCUCUAGUAUAAUUACUGUAUAUCUAUACAGACUAACCUGUACUAGAGACAAGGAGCAGAGAUCUCUAGUAUAAUUACUGUAUAUCUAUACAGACUAACCUGUACUAGAGACAAGGAGCAGAGAUCUCUAGUAUAACUGCUGUAUAUCUAUAUUGUCCUUCCCCCUCUAUCUACUGCCCCCCGGAGCGGGACUACCUUAUUACCACGCAAACACUCCAUGUGGCAGUUGUAGUUUGUGAAUGUGUGAGUGUUUGUGUUGAAGUGUGUGUAACAUGCAUCUCGUAUGGGGAGUGUGUGUGUGUGUGUUUAUGUAUGUGUGUGUAUGUGUGUGUGUCAGUUGUCUGUAUGUUCUCACUCCAACAAAGCUACACGUACUUCCCAACACACACACUAUACACAGUACGAAAGGCCUUAGCAGACAUUGUGGUGCACUUAGUAACACUAGCUCCUAGCCCCUGUACCCCCUGAUUAGUAACACUAGCUCCUAGCCCCUGUACCCCCUGAUUAGUAACACUAGCUCCUAGCCCCUGUACUCCCUGAUUAGUAACACUAGCUCCUAGCCCCUGUACCCCCUGAUUAGUAUGUGAACAUGGCAGGGUGAAGGUAAACAGUCAGUCUCCCUGGGGAGACUCAGGGGACAAAACCCAAACUGUUACCAGCAAGCACAACUUCCUUUAUAUCCCUGGCAGAGAGAGGGGACCCCCAAAUCCCUCUGUACUGGAGAGGGGACCCACAAAUCCAAUUAUCCCCCUGAAGGCCAGACCAGACCCCCACUCACAUCCUCACUACACCCAACGCCAAUGUACCCCGACACAACUCCUACUGUCAGACAACCCCCCCGCCACCCCAAUCCCUGUUUCCCUGGACAACCAGCUCAAACAUCUCACAUAUAUGUAUUCCUUUACUCUUCACAUAGCGACGCUCCCUCCCUGACUGACUGGCUGGCUGGCUGGCUGGCUGGCUGACUGGCUGGCUGGCUGGCUGGCUGGCUGGCUGGCUGGCUGACUGGCUGACUGGCUGGCUGGCUGACUGGGGGAAAGUGGGGGCAGAGGUUUAAGAUGUUUUGGGAUUCAGGUCAGCAUUGUUGUACUUCCUCUGACCUGAGCUUGAACACUAGUGGACCAGUGGUUGACCUUUAUUAUUCCAUAAAACACGUCACUCUAAUGGUCUGUGACACUACUCCCCGUGUCCCUCUCUCUCCCUCUCUCCCCGUGUCCCUCUCUCUCCCCGUGUCCCUCUCUCUCCCUCUCUCCCCGUGUCCCUCUCUCUCCCUCCCUCUCUCUCCCUCUCUCCCCCUCUCUCCCCGUGUCCCUCUCUCUCCCUCUCUCCCCGUCUCCCUCUCUCUCCCUAUGUUACUAAAGAGACGGCACUCAAGACAGCUAUACUGGAGAACAGUUAUUUAUUGAUGAGAAAAUAAUGGAAUAACAAUAAACACGUUUUCGUGACCAAAAGCAGUGUCUUUUGAAAUAGACAGAUAUCAAAAUGUUGUAAUUGAACAUGAUUUGUAAAUAAUAAUAUAAAUAUGAGUCCUAGUCUAGUGUUUUUUCCACAUUGCUUUGAGGUUCAUUACAGCUCUGUUCAUUACAGAGCAUGUCUCAGCUCACUGCCCAUCUUGUCUACAUAAGGGCAAAGGGAAGGCUUAUAGCAACUGUGUGAAGGGUUAUAGAGGUUGUGUGAAGGGUUAUAGCACUACUGUAAUAUUCUGUCAAAUAAAUCUAAAAGCAUUGCUCAAACUAACGAGAUGUGGUUUUGUGUGUCCUUGGCUUUGAUAUGCUAAGGGGUCAUAUCACUCUUUCCUGCACUCACAUUUCUUCCUCUUCUUUUCAAAUAAUCUCUCCCUUGGUCUCACUCUCUCUCACACACACAGAAAAGGGAGUCACAGUGGCCAGCUAUUCUCAGCACCAAUGAGGGAAAGUGUAAAAUAUACCCUAUCCCAGUGUCAAAACCGAAGCUUCAGAAGUCAGUGAUGGUGAAACCAGUCCUCAUAGUCAGCUGGAGGAGAGACAGAACAAGAUGUCAUCACCAUUGACAAGCCAUUAUUACAUCACCAUUGACAAGUCAUUAUUACGUCACCACUGACAAGUCAUUAUUACAUCACUAUUGACAAGUCAUUAUUACAUCACCAUUGACAAGUCAUUAUUACAUCACUAUUGACAAGUCAUUAUUACAUCACCAUUGACAAGUCAUUAUUACAUCACCAUUGACAAGUCAUUAUUACAUCACCAUUGACAAGUCAUUAUUACAUCACUAUUGACAAGUCAUUAUUACAUCACCAUUGACAAGUCAUUAUUACAUCACCAUUGACAAGUCAUUAUUACAUCACCAUUGACAAGUCAUUAUUACAUCACUAUUGACAAGCCAUUAUUACAUCACCAUUGACAAGUCAUUAUUACGUCACCACUGACAAGUCAUUAUUACAUCACUAUUGAUUGACAAGUCAUUAUUACAUCACCAUUGACAAGUCCUUAUUACAUCACCAUUGAGAACUUCAGUUAGGUUAGUCCUGUUUUAAUAACGUGCUGUAUGAUAGUGUAUGAUGUGUGUUAUGGUAAACAAUAAAGGCAAUUUCUACUUCCUGUCUAUUUGAAUCAUAUUAUUCUUCCUUGUCCUCUCGUAGGUUUUUCCAUCAGAAACACAUAAAACCUUCAAAUGUAGUCAGUUAUACUGCCAAGAGAAAAACAGCAUUGACGGGUUAAAUAUUAGCUUAACAAGAAAUCAAUGGUUACACGGUUACAUCCAGAAAAAGACUGGAGCUCGAAACACUGACAAUCUUUUCAGAUUGUAUAGAGUAUAGGAGAAAGUACUGUAGGAUAAUGCCCUAGGGAAUGGGUCUAGGAGAAAGUACUGUAGGAUAAUGCACUAGGGAAUGGGUCUAGGAGAAAGUACUGUAGGAUAAUGCCCUAGGGAAUGGGUAUAGGAGAAAGCACUGUAGGAUAAUGCGCUAGGGAAUGGGUAUAGGAGAAAGUACUGUAGGAUAAUGCCCUAGGGAAGGGGUAUAGGAGAAAGCACUGUAGGAUAAUGCGCUAGGGAAUGGGUAUAGGAGAAAGCACUGUAGGAUAAUGCGCCAGGGAAUGGGUAUAGGAGAAAGUACUGUAGGAUAAUGCGCUAGGGAAUGGGUAUAGGAGAAAGCACUGUAGGAUAAUGCGCCAGGGAAUGGGUAUAGGAGAAAGUACUGUAGGAUAAUGCCCUAGGGAAUGGGUAUAGGAGAAAGUACUGUAGGAUAAUAUGCCAGGAAAUGGGUAUAGGAGAAAGCACUGUAGGAUAAUGCUCUAGGGAAUGGGUAUAGGAGAAAGCACUGUAGGAUAUUGCGCUAGGGAAUGGGUAUAGGAGAAGGUACUGUAGGAUAAUGCGCUAGGGAAUGGGUAUAGGAGAAAGUACUGUAGGAUAAUGCUCUAGGGAAUGGGAAGGGGUAUAGGAGAAAGCAUUUAAAAGCAAAUACUUUUACUCAAGUAGUAUUUUACUGUGUGACUUUCACUUUUACCAUUUUCUUUUUCUUUAACCUUCAUUUAACCAGGCAAGUCAGUUAAGAAC